UGAUGGGUUUGUGUUUGUUGGUGGCUAAGGGAUAUCAGUCUAGGGUAGUCCUCUUAUUCACUUGUGGACUCAUUCAGCAACUUUGGCUUGGAUUAUUGUGGUACAGCCAGACAAUAAUUUUCCCUUUUAAUCAAAUGUUUGCAAUACCAGGUGUACUGCUCCUUGAAAAAUGCAGUUUCUGAGAAUAGGAUUAUUCUGUGAGUGCAGCUGCAGCACCAAGUCCUGUACUUGGAAACAUUCCUCCAAAUGAUGGGAUACCAGGAGGCCCCAUUCCUCCAGGCUUCUUUCAGGGACCCCCAGGUUCUCAGCCCUCGCCACAUACACAGCCGCCUCCUCACAAUCCUAACAACAUGAUGGGACCCCACAAUCAGCCUUUUAUGUCACCGCGAUACGCAGGAGGUCCAAGGCCCCCUAUCAGAAUGGGAAGCCAGCCCCCAGGUGGUGUUCCAGGUGCACAGCCAUUGCUACCCAACACAUUGGAUCCCACGCGACAGCAAGGGCAUCCUGGUAUGGGUGGACCAAUGCAGAGAAUGAAUCCUCCCCCACGAGGAAUGGGCCCCAUGGGGCAGCAGUCUGAUCCUUGGUUAUCAUUGCAGAACUAUGGCGGUUCAAUGAGACCUCCACCCAAUUCAAUAGGUCCAGGCAUGGCUGGAAUGAACAUGGGUCCAGGAGCUGGGCGACCAUGGCCUAAUCCUUCCAAUGCUAACUCAAUUCCAUACUCCUCCUCAUCUCCUGGUACAUAUGGGGGGCCCCCUGGUGGUGGAGGUCCUCCAGGGACACCGAUAAUGCCAAGUCCAGCAGAUUCAACGAAUUCCAGUGACAACAUGUACACGAUGAUUAAUCCAGUGCCACCUGGAGGAAGCCGAUCAAAUUUCCCACUAGGGCCUGGUUCUGAGGGUCCAAUGGGUGGAAUGGGAGGAAUUGAGCCACAUCACAUGAAUGGAUCAUUAGGAUCGGGAGAUAUGGACGGUAUCCCUAAGAACUCUCCCAACAACAUGAGCAGCAUUACUAAUCCUCCAGGCACUCCAAGGGAUGACGGUGAAUUAGGAGGCAAUUUUCUCCACUCCUUCCAAAAUGAUAAUGACCAGAAUGAUGAAACGGCUGCCCUCUGGAAGAUUAAAGAACGUAUGCAAGAAGCAGUUCAACGUGUUGACGAGGAACUGGGGGCAAAACCCCAAUUUUAAGUUUCACGCAAUAAAAAGGCUGAACUUCUUUUAUUCCAUAAACAUGAAGGACAAAAAAAAAUUCAAGACAUAAAACCCUUCUCCUGGAAGGACUGUACGUUACACAUCGCAUCUUUUUGAAGCAAAGAAAAAAAUGUAAACGCCUCUAGCACCCGAACAGACCUCCUCUGCUUCAUCCUUUGAACCCGUGUAUUUUUGUGCUGAACUGAAUAAGGCGCUAGUCUAGGUAUAAGAUCCGAUGUUGUCCAUAUUGUAGCCAUUUUAUCUGGGACGUUUACACAAUGUGGUUUACUUUUGAAGACCUUUUUUUGGUGGCACAGAUUAUUUUUUUUCUUGCUUCUGUGAGCCCUUCUCUCCAGUUGCAAGGUAUUAAUCAGUGGCUGUUCCAUACCUGUGUAGCUGAACGAUGAUUUGUGCAGUGGGUUGCAGAUUGAGAGGAUCGUAUAUCUUUUCCCCAACUCCCGCUAUCCUUCCUACCCCGCGCCCACAUGUACAUUCACACCUCGAAUCUGGAUUGGUUCAAUCCUCUGUUACCUUUAUCGAUCCAGAGGAAAACUUUGUACGCAAGAAAGAGACAACUGCAGACACGUGAUUGAGAGAGAGGAUAAUAAACAGUUUUAGUGGCACUACAAUCGUGCUGGGAUCUCUGUACAGUUACACACUACCUGUAGAUGGUCUUUUGUUUAAACCCACUUCUAUACAAUGUGUAUCAAGUUAUGUAAAAUAUUAUCUUGCCUGGACAACCCUUGUGCUGAAUCUUGAUAACAUUGUAGCUGUUCUGUGUUUCUUACCUUGUAGUCUGGUUAUAAAAAAGAAAAAAAAUUCUACAUUGUAGUUUUGUGUUCAAUAUUCGUUGCUAAUGUUUUAUUGAGGGAUGUUUUUUCUGCACCCCUUUACAGAGUUUUCAGGAACGUCAACUGUGUUUAUUGUGCUGACUGCAGGUUAUGGGAUGUUACCAUACUUUGUUUUUGUUUUUUGGGGGGUGGUGGGGGUUGGGGGAAUAGCAAGAUCUUUCUAAAUGAAUUGCCUUUUUAGAUGUGUUUAAAAUCAUUCUAACUGUGUUUAGCUGUAGAGUUGCUGAACAAGUAUGUAAAUCUCCUAUUUGCAGUCAGAUUGGAACAUACUGAUGAAAUUUUGGUGUUUUACUGUAGAUUUCGGUCUCCAGCAAAUCGUGCAUUUUAAACUGAGAAAAAAGACAAGUCUGGCAAAUGUAAUUUUACAAAUUCGCUAAAUUAUUGUCUUCAUUGGGUUGGUUUUGAAUGAAACGGUUCUUUUCUCCAACGCUGUAAUAAAUAUAAACAUAAAACUUAA